CACCCUCCCCACUAGAUUGUAAACUCCUGACGGGCCAGCCUUUUUCGUAUUGAUUUGUGUGUAGGAGAGUGCUUGGCUGAGCAUAGUUGUCACAUAAAUACUAUGGAGUGCGUGGGCGAAUGAACGGAUAGCCUGGGCUGGGAGGCUAGUAGCCAUCUGCACGAGUCACUGGCUUCAUGUUUCGUUCAUUAGCAUUGCAUUCUCUCUCCUGCUUCUGUCUCAGAAGACGCUUGACUGAGAGGAGCCUGCCCCACCCAGCAAACCAGAUGCCGUCUUCUAAUGCACCGGAUGAAGAUGGCCUGGAGACCUAUGUUUUAAAGUUUUCUGAUCUGGAUUUAAAAGAAUCGAAUCUUAUUCACCCCAGCAACAGCCUCAAAGUGGAGUUAGAUGGCAGAACAAAGAAGAAAUACUCCUUUGCAAAGAAAAAGGCCUUUGCCCUUUUUGUCAAAACCAAAGAAGUUCCAGUACCUUCUUAUGAAUUUAAGGGAAACCAGUGGCGAUGCUGUCAGCAACUAUUUGCAGACCAGACCAGCAUCCACAGACAUGUGGCAACACAGCAUGCUGAAGAUGUUUACCAGCAGACUGCUUCUGUUCUAAAGCAGCUAACCGCAGCAUUGAGUGCUUCACAGAGCCGUGCUUCCACAGACAAAGAGAGCCCUCCAAAAGACCAUCUCACUCCUAGUCAUGAAGUAUCUGCUUGGCUCCCUGAUAUAAGCCACUUUAGCCCUAAUGAGCUGAGUGGCCAGGGUGACAAGGAAGGGGAGGUGCUCCUGUAUUACUGCUACUGUGACUUGGAGGACCCUCACUGGAUCUGUGCCUGGCAGACAGCUCUGUGCCAUCACCUGCACCUUACAGGCAAGAUACGGAUUGCUACAGAAGGAAUCAAUGGGACUGUCGGAGGAAGCAAAGUGGCCACCAGACUCUACAUGGAAGGCAUGCUUUCUUGCCCAUUGUUUAAGGAUUUCCUGUGUGAGGACGAUUUUAAGAGCAGCAAAGGAGGGGCGCACUGCUUCCCGGAACUACGAGUCGGUGUGUUUGAAGAGAUCGUGCCUAUGGGGAUCAGUCCCCGUCAGGUCUCCUACAAGAACCACGGAACUCAUUUAUCCCCUGGUGAAUUCCAUAAAGAAAUAGAAAAGCUUUUAUCACAGGCAAGUCAGGAACAAGGUGACACCAUCCUACUGGACUGCAGAAACUUCUAUGAAAGCAAAAUAGGACGAUUCCAGGGCUGCUUAGCACCAGACAUCAGGAAAUUCAGUUACUUCCCUAGCUACGUUGACAGAAACCUUGACCUCUUCAGGCAGAAGAGGGUGCUGAUGUACUGCACUGGGGGCAUCCGCUGCGAGCGGGCUUCUGCCUACCUCAGAGCCAAGGGAGUGUGUAAGGAAGUGUUUCAGCUCAAGGGAGGCAUCCACAAGUACCUGGAAGAGUUUCCUGAUGGUUUUUACAAAGGGAAGCUGUUUGUUUUUGAUGAGCGGUUUGCCCUGGCCUACAACAGUUCUGUGGUAUCAGAAUGUUCAUACUGUGGAGCCCCGUGGGACCAGUAUAAACUCUGUUCUACUCCGCAAUGCCGCCAGCUUGUUCUGACGUGUUCUGCCUGCCAUGGACAAGGAUUCACAGCCUGCUGUGUCAUGUGUCAAGACAAAGGGGGCGAGCAGGCUUCAGGCCCCACCCAGGGCAGUUUUAAAGAAGAGUGUGAGUGUACAGCCCAGAGGCCACGCAUCCCACAGGAGCAGCGUGCAUGAUGCCCUGGGAGCCUGGAGCAGGGGCU